AUGGAUUGCAGCUGCAAUGGUUGUGUGGAUUUUUCGAAGGAGAAGUGGUGCAAGAGGAUGAGAGGGGUUGGGUUUUGCGGGGAAGGAUUUGGAGAAGACGCCAUUGAUGAAGCUCGAGCUUUGCUGAGGAAGCACGAUGGGAAUUGGGAGAUGAGGGUCGAGGAGAGAGAUGUCUUUGUGGUGGAAAGGGCGGCCGGUCUCUUCUGCUCGUUGUGGAAGUUGGAAGAAGUCGGCGGCGAUGAGGAAUGA